GACGCUUUCAGUGGGCACAGAGGAGCGGCGGCUAUGCGGUCGCUUCAAAAUCCCUUCUGCUUCAUUCUGCAGGUUCGUAAAUACCCAUCUUUUCACGUUAAACGAUCCUGUAAUGGCUUUCUGCUGCUCCUCCAGUGCCCGCUGGUUUUUCUUAGAAUUGCUUAUAUGUGUGUUCACGUUUUUAAGUUACUUUUGUUGUCUGGGGACGUUGAAUUAAACCCCGGCCCUAUCACUAACGCUGAUAUUCUGGCUGCCAUUGCUGAACAGUCUUCUAAAAACGAUGCGCGUCAUACCGAAAUGGUUGACAUGCUAAAUCAGGUCAAAGAUAACCAGCAUCAGCUAGAACUAAAAGUGUUAGACAUCAAUUCAAGACUUGCAGCAGUCGAAUCACUUGUAGAAUUACUAGAUGUGCCAAAGCAUCCUACUGAACUGUCUAAUGUUGUUAGUGAGGCCGUCCAAGGCGAAACUACCGUUCUGAAUUCAAGGCUUAAUGAGCUUGAAGAUAGAUCCCGUCGUGACAAUUUACUUUUCUACGGUAUCGCCGACACCCUUUCCGAAGACUGGUCGCAGUCAGAAUCUCAUAUCCGCGAUAAUCUUUCCACAAUAUUAGGACUAGAUCUACCUGGCGAGGCAAUAUCCCGUGCUCAUAGAUUAGGCUCAUACUCAACUAAUAAAUGCCGGCCAAUAAUUGUUAAAUUCUCUUCCUCUAAAUUCAAGGCGAAUGUGUUUUCUCAGCGUUUUAAGUUGAAAGGAACAGGAAUUUCAGUCAGUGAGGAUUUCUGUCCGGCUACGCGGCAGUUACGUAAAAAGUUAAUCGAUAUCGGUAAAGGCACCGGUCAGAGGUUCUCGCUCAAACUAAACAGGCUGCACGUUAAUCAAAAGGUGUAUACUUACUGCCCUGUAACAGAUUGUGUUUGCGAAGUGACUUCUAGUCACGCUCGUGAAGCUAACAACGCCGCGUCUCUCCCUCCGGGUGCCAAUAAUACAGCUUCCGCGCCGCAACCGGGCAUCGAUAACGCAGUUUUCGCACCUGGUCCAAGCAAUUAUAAUUCACACGCGUCAUCAACAUAA